AUGUGCCCUGGCCUCUCCGACGAUCUCCAGCAGAUCGAUGACGCAAGGAAGACAGCAGUCAUUAGCCGAGAGCUCAAGAGGCUCAACAUUGACAUAGCAGCACUGCAGGAAACUAGACUCCCAUCCAACGGCAGCCUGAAAGAGGAGGACUAUACUUUCUUCUGGCAGGGGAAAGCUCCAGAGGAGCAUCGUGUGCAUGGUGUAGGCUUUGCGGUUAGGAACUCCCUACUGCCCUCAGUCGAACCACCCUCAGAAGGCACAGCCCGCAUCCUUUCCCUUCACCUCACAACAACCUCAGGCCCUGUGAACAUCAUGAGCACCUAUGCCCCCACGCUUUGCUCUACAGCAGAGGCUAAGGACGAGUUCUACAGCCAGCUUGAGACCGCCAUCAAGGAAAUACCCCCCUCAGAACACCUGUACCUGCUUGGCGAUUUCAAUGCCCGGAUUGGUUCAGACUUCACCUCCUGGCCUCGAUGCAUUGGCCACUUUGGCGUAGGCAAACUCAACGAGAACGGGCAGCGUCUCCUCGAGCUAUGCUCCUUCCAUGACCUCUGCAUCACAAACACGUUCUUCACCACGAAACCUCACCACAGAGUGUCUUGGCGGCACCCCAGAUCCCGUCACUGGCACCAGCUGGAUCUCGUGAUCACCCGCAGACCCCUGCUGAACAGUGUCCUGUCCACCCGUAGCUACCACAGCGCUGACUGCGACACCGACCACUCUAUGGUCGCCAGCAAAGUGCGUCUCCAACCCAAGCGAAUCCACCACUCAAAGCACAAAGGACGUCCCCGCAUCAAUACAGCCGUGACCUCUGUGCCUGAACUACGCGAACGUUUCGCAGAUGCCAUCCAAGAGGCCCUCAGCGACUGUCCAACUAGCUGCGCUGAGGAUAGAUGGAACCACAUUCGUGACGCUACAUACAAAUCUGCAGUGGACACUUUUGGAAAGAGAGAGCGCAAAAACCCCGACUGGUUCGAAGCCGGAAUCGAGGAACUUGAGCCAGCCAUCUCAUCCAAGAGAACUGCCCUACUGAACUACAAGAAAGAUCCCUGUGAAAAGACUCUGACUGCCCUCAGACGAGCCAGAAGCGAAGCCCAAAAGAUUGCUAGACAGUGCGCCAACAACUACUGGCAGAACCUAUGUCAAGGCAUCCAGACAUCGGCUGACUGCGGCAACAUUCGAGCCAUGUAUGAGGGAACGAAGAAAGCCUUCGGCCCAUGCGCAAUCAAGACUGCCCCUCUCAAGUCAUCCACUGGCGAAUUCAUCACAGACCGUGCAAAGCAAAUGGCGAGAUGGGCGGAACAUUACCAGGAGCUGUACUCCAGGGAGACCGUCGUGACUGACACAGCAGUGGAGAACACGAGCCCCCUGCCAGUCAUGGAAGAGCUUGAUGACCCACCCACUAUCGAGGAGCUCAGUAAGGCCAUAGACUCCCUAGCCAGCGGCAAAGCCCCAGGCAACGAUGGCAUUCCGCCAGAGGUCAUAAAAGCAGGCAAAGAGACCAGUCUUCUCGAACAUCUCCACGAACUUCUGCUACAAUGCUGGGAGGAAGGAAGUGUGCCUCAGGACAUGCGUGACGCCAACAUCAUCACGCUCUACAAAAACAAAGGUGAUCGCAGCGAUUGCAAUAACUAUCGCGGAAUAUCCCUCCUCAGCAUCGUCGGCAAGACCUUUGCCCGCGUCGUGUUGAACAGACUGCAGUCACUGGCAGAGCGUGUGUACCCAGAAUCACAGUGCGGAUUUCGAGCCAAAAGGUCCACGAUCGACAUGAUCUUCUCCCUGAGGCAGCUACAAGAGAAAUGCCGUGAGCAGAGACGCCCCCUGUACAUCGCUUUCAUAGACCUGACCAAAGCGUUCGACCUGGUCAGCAGGUCAGGUUUGUUCACACUCCUACACAGGAUUGGAUGCCCCCCAAGCUCCUGA